UAUUUAAAAAAUUAUGUUAACUUAUCUAAAAUAUGUUUCUUUUUCUUUAUUGCAUUACAAAGCUGUAAGUAAUUCUCCAAUAUCUCAUCGUAUUCGGUGUUUUUCAAAUUAUCAUAUAGUUUCUUUAAUUCUUCUUUUUUACGAAUUUCAUCUUUAACUGCCUUUAAUUUCUCUUCAACCAAUUGAUUUAACAUUUUGAAAGCGUCAAUAGUCGUCGGAGUCUCCUUAAACAUUUUAAUUGUGCACGAAAGCUUUGUUAAUUUUGCUUGCAACUCGGCAAUUUGCGUUUGCAGCAGCAAAUGCCCUGCCUUUUCUAAAUUUGCUUGGCUCAUAUCCUCGUACUUCAGCUUGUUCCAUCUGUCGCUCAAUUUCGUAUAUUUCAGACAAUCGCUUUUGCACUGCAAAAUUAAUUCUUCAACUUUAUUCUUCCAUUCUACUGCUGAUACAUCAUGACAUUCCAGGAAUUGGCUGUUUGCAAUACACUCGUCGCUCUUCAAUGCCUCUUUGACAUUUCCUCCUAAUUCUUUGUAUCUGUAACGUAGAAAUAAACAGAGAGUCUUAUUAUUAAAUUAUUUACAUGUAUUAUUAGAUUUUAUAAUAUUGAUGUAUGUAAGUUGAUAUAAGAUUAUUGUUUAAUUAUAACACAUUUACUUUAAUAUCAUAUCGUGUAUUUUUUCUCGAAGCAUUGUCUCGACACAGCAUUUGAUUUCCAAUUUUUCAUCAGGAUUCAAGUCAGCCGAUGGUAAAUCAAUAAUUCCCAAAAGCUUCAGCUUAUCUUGUAUAUGAUUCGUAGAUGAAGGAAGAUGCAUGUAUUUGUCAAGUUCAUGAUUUGUGAGCAAUAUUUGCAAUUUUUUUGCUAUAUUUUCAGAUAGAAUAUUGUUGUGGUUCAACGAUGCUUCCUUCACGCACUGAUAAACAAUAUUGACUUUUCUGUGCUCAUUUACAUUUUUCUCGCACAAUGUAAAAGACUUCAUCGCUUUCUCAAUUGCAUCUGUUUCUUGGAGCUUAUCGUUAUUACUUUUUAUAAUGCUAGAAUAAUUGUCCAACAAGCAUUGCGACGAAUCCAUUCUGCCAAUAAAUCUACUACUAUUAUGAGAGAUCGUUGAAAUAUUGGAAAUAUCUGUAAGAACAAAAACUAUGUCUGUGAGGAUCUACAAGAUAAUAUUUAUGAUAUUGUUAAAAAGUAUUAUUUAUACCUAACAUUUAUUGUUGCAAUUAAAAAGCCAUAUAUAAACACUUUUUUAAAUAUCAAUUUUAUUAACGAAAUAUUUUAUCUAAUAAUUUUGCAAAUUAAAAUACGUUACUCACCCAAUAUUUGACGAUCACUAAAAUUACUCAUGGUUUAUUUUCACUAUUUAAAUCGAGAGAUAAUUAAUCUUUUGUCUAUGUUUUUUUAGGAUAUAUAUAUAUUAUUUUUUAUUAAUUAAUUUAACGCAAUUUUAUUACACCGUUAUGAAUAUUCAAAAUCAGACUUCUGCGCAAUCUCCAUCGAUGACGCGUUGAGAAUCAGCUGUUCCGAGUGUGGUAUGUGUCAUCUGUCAUUGUGUGUGUGUCAUAUAUGUGUGUGUGCUGCGAAAUAUUUGGAUGAGAUAGUAUGGCGAUGACACUUGAAGGAAGGAGGCAAAGAAUGGGAAAUGUUUUGUAUAACAUGUCAUAAUUCAAUUAUGUGGCAUGAAUUCGUCCGCUGUCCUGGUAUCCUUGUGCGUUAUUCGCAUCGAGAUUUGUGAUCCGGAAUCGGAAGAGGCCACUAGUGAAGGUACCAUGGCUGCGAGGAAAAUGAAAGGUUGCAGAGAAACGAGAGAUAUCUCUGUGGAGACUUACACAAAUGUGACAGAGAACCCAUCCCGCUUGUUGUCAAGUCAAAGCACAAGCAAGUCGCAUUCAUCCUCAAGGUCCAAUUCUGAAGAGACAUCAUUUGGAAAUUCUAAUCAUAAUGCGGGUUCAGGAGAACUCAGCGGUGCUACUUCUAACACCUCCCCGGAUCAAAUAAGUUUUAUCUCUGGAAAUCCUUUUGUCGAAGUUACAAAAGGCAUACUUCAUCUUUAUAAAGAAGAUGAAUUGACUGAGAUGCGCUGUGCAGCGGAUCGCAGUCAUACCAUCUGUAUUCUGUCGGUUCCAGCAACAAUGACUUGCCACGAUCUUUUAACAUUCACAGCAGCUUGCCAUCAGAACAUACAACACUUUAGAAUUCUCAGAGAUGGCAGUCCUAAUCUGUACAUGGCUCUGAUUACCUUCAGAUCAUCAAGCGCAGCGAGCGAGUUCUACGAAACUUUCAAUGGGGCGCCAUAUAAUUCUCUGGAGCCAGAUGUGGUUUGUCACAUGGUGUUCGUAUCUAGAGUCGAAGUAGGAGAUAACGGAAUGCCUCUGAGUGGACACACGGAAUUACCAUCGUGUCCAGUUUGUCUGGAAAGGAUGGACGAGAGCGUGGACGGAAUUCUGACAAUACUGUGCAACCAUACCUUCCACUCCAGCUGCCUCGUAAAGUGGGGCGAUACGUCCUGUCCGAUUUGUCGAUACGCACAAACACCCGAGCCAUUAGCCGAUAGUCGUUGCAUGGAAUGUGUUGCAGACACCAGCAAUGAUGCACUGUGGAUUUGUUUGAUUUGUGGCCAUGUGGGCUGCUCGCGUUAUCACCAGGGUCACGCGUUCGAACAUUACCAGGAGACACACCACUGCUACGCGAUGCAGCUGGGUAACAAUCGUGUCUGGGAUUACGUGGGUGAUAAUUUUGUCCACCGACUGCUGCAGGACAAGGACGGUAAGAUGGUGGAGGGUGGUCAACCCGCAACCAAGAGCGAGGGCGCCGCCGUGGAAGAGAAGGUCGACUCUGUGCAGCUGGAAUUUACAUAUUUACUAACGUCGCAGUUGGAAACACAACGGGAGUACUUUGAAGAGAGACUGAGUCGCUUGGAGCAACGUUCCAUGGCGGAUAUCAGCGAGCUGAGGGAUAAGUUGGGAGAAGUGCUCGAGGAAAACUCGCAGUUCAAGAAACAAUUUGCGACGUUUAAUCGCGACAAGCAGACCCUGGAGAAGCGCUUACUGCAUUCCACUAACAAGCUGGCGCAAGUGCAGACGGAAUUGACCGAAGAGAAGGAUCUGAGAAAGGCUCUGCAACUGAAUCAGACUUCGUGGCAAACGAAAUAUAAGAAGCUGCAGGAUGAAUUGUCCGAACUGAAGAAGACGAAAGAAGCCGAGACCACCGAUUUGAAAGAACAAAUCCGAGAUCUCAUGUUUUUCCUCGACGCUCAAAAGCAGAUCGAGGAGUCCGCCGAUCGAGAAGAAAUUGCCGCCGGUCGCAUUGUCAUUCCUCCGAGUUCCAAGAGUGACAAAUCGUCAGGAUCUCGAGGACACAAAGGUCACAAGAGGUAUUAACGUCGGCGAGGAUAGUUGAAGGUUUUUUUUAUAUUUCUUGAUCCAUUUAAACUUUAAUCUAUUGCAUAUUUCGAUGAAUUCUUUAUUGAUCUUCGAGAGAAAAUGCGAGGAAAAAUAUUUUUGUGAAUGUCAAUUAUUACAAAAUUUUUUAAUAUCACAAAAUUUUAUAAAAGUAAUCAUAAAUUACCGAACUAGGAAAAAUUAUAAACUGUCUGCGCUAUAUAUCACUAAGCAAAAUCAAUUCUUAUCACGUCUCAUGUAUUCUCGUCGUGUUUAAAUCCCGGAUUAUCAUAUUGAAAUUGAUUGGAAUUCGAUAGUCUUGGUCGCAGUUGAAAAGUCUCAUUGUUCGAAGAUCUUCUUAAAUUAUCAGCAUCAUCAUAAAUAUCAUAUGGUCUACGAGUUUGCGUCUUUCUCUUCGCUUCUAGAAUGGAUGAUCGUCUUCGUUCUAAGGCGCUAAAUGCACUUUGUGAUAUUCGUGUGGACAUGUGUCGCGAUAAACCUGCGAAAUAAACAAAGUUCUCAGCAAAAAACAACAUAAAAGUAAUAAAUGUGACGAAAAUUGACGACAUUGCAUUAGCAUAGCAAUGUAUGUGUAUAUAUAUAUAUAUAUAUA